AUGUCUCUACAAGGACUCGGGCAUAGUUCAAUUGGUCGAGACAUGAGCGGUAGAUCUGACUACAUGGUCACCAGAACGUGCCCGGAUGUAAGAACAACAACAUUCAUGGGACCAGACGACUGGAAAACAUGUCAGCACCAUGCUCAACACCUCAAUAUAUACACGGACGGCUCCAAGAUGGAAGAAGGAGUUGGAGCGGGCAUAUACUGUACAGACCCUGAUAUGCGGCUGUCGUAUAAACUACCAAGCCAAUGCAGCAUAUUCCACGCGGAAGUAUUCGCCAUAGGGAAAGCGGCAGAGCUUGCGCAGAGCAUUGACCCCCCACAUGAAGCGGUCAACUUGUUCGAAGACAGUCAAGCGGCGAUAAGAUCCAUGCAAUCGUCAGCGGUCAGUUCCAAAAGUGUACUGGCAAGCAAGGAGGCACUAGAUAUCCCUAGCACGACCACGUCAGUGCGGAUCUACUGGGUUCCCAGCCACCAGGGCAUCGAUGAACGCUCCGAAGCGAACUGGAAAGACGGGCCGACACACGAGCCAAAAGCAGAUGGAGAAGAACUUCCACCACCUGCAAAGUUUCAAAAAUCAUGUGCAAAGAGCGGAACGCAAUACUCAGCCACUACGUGCUGCAUCUUCCAAGGAAAGACUGCAGACUGUGGGAAUUCUUACAGGUCACUGCCUAGCGGCGGCACACGCAGUCAAACUGGUAUCGUCAGCAUUACCGAUAACGCCAAAUGCCGGAAAUGUGACGAAUUCAAGGCAAUUGAAACCUUGGAGCAUCUCAUUUGCAAGUGUCCGGCUCUAACAAGGGCAAGAAUAAACUACCUAGGCGCUCCGGUUCUGGCAUCGCUAGAAGAUGCCUCCAGGAAGAAGCCAGGCGAACUACUUGCCUUCGCGAAAAAUACCUCGAUCCUAAAAGAUUUCGAAAACCGCGAAAACAUUCUCUAG